AACAACUUUCCCCAAACACAAGCCCUUGCUCGACCCAAGUUCUUGACACUACAUUUGCUUGUUAGGAUGAAUAGACUUCGCAGCCAUAGCAUAGCAGAUCGAUUUUCUUUCUCCGGCUUGAGAUGCCUCCUUCAAUACUCAACAUCUACGGCCCAUUUCAUGGUGGAUUACCUCAUCGACUCACUUGGGUUCUCAAGAGAAGAAGCAAUCUCAGCAUCAACAAAGGUAACUCAUUUGAAAUCCCCCAAGAACCCUGAUUUAGUUCUCAAUCUCCUCAAACAAAUUGGUUUUGACAACACCCAGAUCAAAAGCAUUGUUUUUUCUGCACCUACACUCUUAUCAUCUGAUGUAGACAAAACCCUCAAACCCAAAAUUAGGGUUCUUCAGGACCUUGGCUUAUCCGGGUCAGACCUAGCAAAGUUCAUCAAGGGUAAUCGAGGCCUUUUUAACAGAGGAUUGGACACCCAUAUCAUACCAUCUCUUGACUACCUCAGAAGAGCACUGCGGAGUGAUGAAAAUGUGAUUAGAGCUCUGAAAAGAUCCCAAUGGUUACUAACAUGUAAUACCCUUAAAAAAAUGCCACCCAAUGUGUUAUUGUUACGAAAAUGUGGGUUGUCAAUUGAGAAAAUUGAAAAAUUUAUAAUUAAUAACCCAAGAUACGUUCUACAAAAGCCUGAGUGGCUUGAAGAGAUAGUGCAUAGGGUUGAAGAGGAGUUGGGGAUUCCUCGCGUCUCUCGGAUGUUUCUCUAUGGUAUUGAUGCUCUCGCUUCGAGUAGUAAGUCGACAUUAGAAAGGAAGUUUGGAAUCUUUAGGAGUUUUGGGUGGUCUAAUUCCGAAAUAAGUACAAUGGCAAGGAACUUACCUUAUUGUUUAAGCCUGUCGGAAGCUAAAAUCCGAAAUGCAUUGAAUUAUUUCAUGAAGGAAAUUGGGUAUGCACCUGGAUACUUGGCUUCUCACCCCAAGCUUUUAAUGCACAGUUUGGAGAAAAGGGUGGUGCCUAGGAAUGAAGUCUUGAAGAUUUUGAUUGAGAAGAAACUGAAUAAGAGUAAACAAAGUCUUUAUGCAGUUGUGUGCUUAACUGAGUCGAAGUUUAUAGAGGAUUAUGUGCUGCCCUACAAGAACAAGAUGCCGGAUCUGUAUGGAGCAUACAAUAACAGAAUGAGACAAUAAUAGAGGGUCAAAGAAUUUCUUUUCCCUUACAUUUUUGAGGUAAGGAACUUGUUGUAGUUUGUUCAAUUCGAAUUUUGUAAGUUGAAGCAAUUCAAAUCACUUGUUAAU